GGUACUAGAGAGACAUUAUUUUCAUAGCCUGUAAAUAAUUAGCGAGUCGUUAGAUUUCUCAUUAAAAAUGAGUUGGAUUGAGAGAGCACUGCAAUUCGUUUAUUGCCAACGGAUUAAGAUAAAAAUAUUUUAUCGCUGUUCGCAGUCGCUGUCAAGAACCAAAGUGUGCAUCUAGAAUUUGUGCUAGUCAAACAUUCGAAAUUGGAGAAGGAAUUAUUUGCAAAUAAUUCCAAGUGUCGUGUAGAGUGAGCUUUAUACAUUCUACACAUUGUUGUACUGAUUAACAAGGAAGAAAUAUAGUGCAUAUUUUACUCGAGAGUUUUUUCAUAAUCAAUUCCCUCCGCAGUAAUUUGCAUACGCUCGAUUAAUUGGAUCUUUGUUUCGUCAAUCAGGUCUCCGACUUUGACCUUUUUCUAUCUUGCGGACACACGCACGCAGAAUUACUGGACCAGUUCAGUGAUCAAGUUAAAAAUAAAAGAUUUAUUUUCGCAUUCUCACCGUCCGGACCGAGCAGUAUAGGUGCAAGCAUUUUUAAGAGUCCGGAAACUGCAAGGGAGAAAAGCUUCUAGAGAAACAUAAAGAAAGUGGAUGAGUAAUAUAUAUCGAGGAAGAGGACGAAAGUGGGGAUUACCCGUUAGUAAUUAUUAGAGGAGGGCCUGCUCGAAGACAGGGCAGGAAGCUGAAAGCUGAAAGAGAAUGAAGUAAGUUGGAGAACGUAUAUGUUCGUACGUACGUAUAAUAAUUGCAGUGCAGUGCGGUGCAUGUAAUAUACGCAACGCCACGAGGAAUAUAAUGCGUUGGCAAAGUGUAUAUAGAAUAACUAUCAGUAACUAUGACACGAUUAGGUGAUACGUAAAUGUACGUCAACUUGGAGGGAGCACGCUACCAAGUUUUGUCCUUGAUAGAAACUUUGAGCGUAUAAAGGAAGCACAGGCCGUAGAGGGAGUUUCAGAACGUGUCGAUCCACCAAGUCACACCAAGUGAUCAAUGCCAGCCAACGAAGAGACCAUGGGAGAGUCCUUAGACCAGGAAACUGCUCUCGACAGUUUCGAGUCGAUCUCAAAAUUAACUCCCAACAAAUCCAAUGGUUCCCUGGGAAAAAUCCUCUUCGCGGGUUCCCAAAAUGGUUCUUCUAAAAGUUCUUCUUUUCAAGAGAAAGAAGAACUCUCUGAGGCCCUGAGAAGUUUACCUGUCAGGGGAGAGCAUGAGCAGUUCAUCAAGGAGGCGGUUGACUUGAUUCUCAACGAGGCUGUCUUUGAGGGAACCUCGAGGAAGAACCAGGUGGUAGAAUGGGUGGAACCGUCGACCCUGAAGUCUCUGAUGAAUCUGAAAAUUUGCGACGAGGGUGUGACCCACGAGGAUCUCAUCAAUCUCGCCAGAAAUGUGAUAAAGUACAGCGUGAAAACGGGCCACCCGCAUUUCGUAAACCAACUAUUUUCUGGAAUGGACCCGUAUGGUCUUGUGGGUCAGUGGCUCACCGACGCCUUGAAUCCGUCAGUCUACACCUACGAAGUAUCACCUGUGUUCUCACUCAUGGAAGAAGAAGUCUUGAAGGAAAUGAGGCGAAUAGUGGGAUGGAAGGACGGAAGAGGCGACGGCAUCUUUUCUCCAGGUGGUUCCAUGGCCAACGGAAUAGCCAUCAACCUUGCCAGGCACUACAAGUUCCCCAACAUAAAGGAAACUGGCGUCUUUCAAUUGCCAAGACUCGUCAUCUUCACUUCCGAGGAUUCUCACUACUCGGUGAAGAAGCUCGCAGCUUUCAUGGGACUCGGGACGAAUAAUGUCAUAUCUGUGAAAGUUGAUGCCCGGGGGAAAAUGUGCAUGAUUGAUCUUGAAAAACAGGUCAAGAAAACUCUCGAUGAAGGCGCCGUUCCGCUCAUGGUCUCUUCAACUGCUGGCACGACUGUUCUGGGAGCUUUCGAUCCUCUUCUGGAGAUUUCCAAGAUUUGCGAAAAGUACCAAAUGUGGUUCCACGUUGAUGCUGCCUGGGGUGGAGGUGCUUUGAUGUCAAGAAAACAUCGUCAUCUGCUCGAGGGAGUCGAGUUUGCCGACUCCAUCACGUGGAACCCGCACAAAAUGUUGACGGCUCCCCAGCAAUGCUCGACGCUUCUGCUGAAACACGAAAAUUUGCUGCAGUCGGCUCAUGGCUCAAAGGCCACUUAUCUGUUCCAAAAGGACAAGUUCUACGACACUUCCUACGAUGUGGGAGACAAACACAUCCAGUGUGGUCGCAGGGCUGAUGUUCUGAAAUUCUGGUUUAUGUGGAAGGCGAAAGGUUCGAAGGGAUUUGAGAAACACGUAAAUAGAGUUUUCGAGCUCUCUCGCUACUUCACGGAAACGAUCAGAGAUCGGAGUGGGUGGAAGCUGCUGAUGGAGCCGGAAUGUACAAAUGUCUGCUUCCGGUAUGUGCCUGUGUCGAAGAGGCACUUGAGCGGCGAGGAAUUGAUGACCGAGUUGCACAAAAUGGCACCGAUUGUGAAGGAGCGAAUGGUGAAAAAGGGCUCGAUGCUCAUCACCUACCAACCUUUGCGACAGGAGAGGAAUUUCUUCAGACUUGUCUUGCAAAAUUCGGCCUUGACCGACGCUGACAUUAGGUUCUUCAUAGAGGAAAUUGAGAGGUUGUCGAGUGACCUUUAGAAUCUAAAAAUGACUAGUGAUAAGUGUAGUUCUAACAUGUAAAUAUAAAUAGUUGAGUCACUAAA